AUGCACCAUCCAGACCUAUGCCCUGCACUGCACCAAAUACUCCAUAAUUCACCUCCUCAGCGGCACGGCUCCUCCGCCGCGCCCAGUCACAGCACCGACGCGCUGAUGACAAGAAACACCGCGUUCCACAGCAGGUCCACUGCCAUCACCGGCUGCGAGUACCCUCACUCGCUCUGCCGCCCCUCCACCUCCGCCUCCGCCGCUUCGUCACGCACACUGACGCCUCCGUCAGCUUAUGCGCCGGAAGAACCGCGCCGGAAGCUGGAGAAGAUUCGGUUGAGUUUUGCAUUUGGAUGUGGGUUUGGGGUUAUUGGUCGGAGGAGGAGGUCUUGUAUGAGGGGUAAGACUUGCAAGGGAUAUGCUUUUACAACUCAUGCUGCCCUUCUUCAACCUCGUAUUGUAUAA